UUGAUCCAAAAGCACGUUCACUAUAACGGGCUCCUGACUGUAGGCAAGACCAUGCUGCUGCAGCUGGCAAAACGCUGCCUCUCCAGUUCAACUGACCACUCCCUUUCCCCAAGGCGAAGGCUUGCUAUGGACUGCGCUUCACCCCCUGCUGCAGCCCAGCCCAACUCCAACACAGAUCUGGUACCACCCACAGUCACUCCUGGGUCCUCCACCCAAUCCCCUCCCCAUUCCACCCUCUCCCCCUCCCCUAAGAAGAUGUCAUUGAGCCUGGCAACAGACAUCCAGCAGGAGGGAGAGAGUGGGCCGCUUAUUGAGCCCUGCAGUCGAGGCAAGACCUCCCCUCAACCACAGGGUACCAAAGACGGGACAGGAGAGGCCCCAGAGCCAGACGACAGCUCCCCACAGGAUGCACAGAAACGGGCUCCUAACCACAGCCAUGGCAGGAAAAGAGCCAAGUCUAAUGCCAAACUGAAGCUGGUACGGAGUCUGGCGGUAUGUGAGGAGUCCUCCGGUCCGUUCUCCAAUGAUGGGCCUCCAGAAUCGGACAUCAUCCAGCUUCACAUUAGCUGUCCAUCGGACAAAGAGGAGGAAAAGUCCUCAAAGGACGAGUACGAAAAUGAAGAGAAGGAGAAGAAGGACAAGACCCCCCGAAAGAUGUUGUCACGUGACUCCAGUCAGGAGUACACUGACUCCACGGGCAUCGAUGUUCAUGAGUUUUUGGUCAACACACUGAAAAACAAUCCCAGGGAUCGAAUGAUGCUGCUCAAACUUGAACAAGAUAUCCUGGAGUUCAUUAACGACGACAAUAACCAGUAUAAAAAGUUUCCUCAGAUGACUUCUUAUCACCGAAUGCUGCUGCACCGCGUGGCAGCCUACUUUGGCAUGGACCACAAUGUGGACCAGACGGGCAAGGCUGUCAUCAUCAACAAGACGGGCAACACGCGCAUCCCAGAGCAAAGGUUUUCUGAACACAUAAAGGAUGAACGUAACAUGGACUUUCAAAAGAAAUUCAUCCUUAAAAGAGAUGAUGCUAGUAUGGACAAAGAUGAUAAUCAGAUCCGCGUGCCACUGCAGGACGGGCGGCGCAGCAAGUCCAUUGAAGAGAGAGAGGAAGAAUAUCAGCGGGUACGAGACCGGAUCUUUGCCCGAGAAGUGUCCUUUUUUUUACAGUCCUCCCAAAAUGGAUACAUCAAUGACAACAGACUUUCCACUGAGGGCUACUGCUCUAGCUCUCAAAAGAGGAGGCAGAUCUUUAGAGGGAAUCGUGAGAGCUCCAGCCGGGCGUCUAGCAGUCGUCAAAGCAGCACAGACAGUGACAUGAAGUGCUUGGAGCCACGUCCUUGGAGCAGCACCGACUCGGAAAGCUCCAACCGCACACUCCGGCCACCCGUCACUAAAGCCAGCAGUUUCUCUGGUAUAUCCAUUCUUACCAGAGGGGAUAGCCUUGGCAGCAACAAAGGAUCACAGGGAAGCUGCAAAGGCUCUCGCUCUGGCUUGCCCCUUGUCAGUCCUGAUGUGUGUCCUCCACCUUCAGCCUCCCAGUCCAGCCGUAGUCUGCUUCCUUGCCCAUCUCAACAGCCACAGCAGCCUCAGCCCCAGGUUCCACCUCAGACUGCCCUCCUACCCACCCCUCAGCAGCACCCCAUGGGCAACCACAUGAUUGCUCAGCCGGUGGCGUCUCUGCAGCCCUCUCAGCCUGUCUCCUACUCCAGUCCUUCCUGCCCCCAGGUUCUCCUGCCAGUUUCUCCUCCCCAGCAGUACACAAUGGGUGAAGAUCUGGCCCCCCAGUUCACCCAGAUGACGCUGAGCCGGCAGGGUUCCAGUGAGAACCCUGAGCCUCCCCCAAUGUUCCAGGCUCCUCCCACGGUACUAUCGCAGCACCCCCCUCCUCAAACCAGCUACAUCAUGGCUACCACAGGUCAGCCUAUGCCCCCUCCUUCUGGCUACCAGCCUGCUACUGGACACCCACAUCCUCCACCUCCACCACCUCCUCCAUCUCAGACUGUCAUGCAGGCUCCACCACCUCCACAAGGUUACAUGCAGCCCCCUCCACCUCAGCAGAUACAGGUGUCGUACUACACUCCUAGUCAGUAUCCCAGCUCAGGCCAGCCGUACCGUGUGUCCCAGCCUAUGUCCCACCAGGUGUCUUAUCAAACCCAACGCACACAACCCAUGCCUCAGCCCACUCAGCAGUCAGGCCAUCAGACCAUGAUACCCAGCCAGCAGCCCAGCUACCAGGGCAUGAUUGGGGUGCAGCAGCCCCCAAACCCUGGUAUCCUCAACUCCCAGAGGGCGGGCAUAGGAGGACAGAUGCAAAGCAUCAUGGUCCAAUACCCACAGAUGCCAUCAUAUCAGGUACCAGUGGCAAAUGAAAAUCAGCAGGUAGUGCAGCAGCAGUACCAGCAGCCGGUCAUGGUACCGGUCAGCCAGUCGGUCCAGGGGCCCAUGCCUGUAUACUACAGUGUUAUCACACCCACACAGCAGAAUAGCACAAGUCCGUCAGUGGGUUACCUGCAGCCCCCCAACACUGAACAGUUUCAGAUAACACAGUCACCGUCACCCUGCAACCCUCAACCAAUGCAACAGCAAUAUUCAGGAGUCCCUCCUCCUGGGCCAGGAGUUAUGGUCAUGCAGCUCAGUGUCCCAAAUGGACCACAGCCUUCCCAGAACCCUCCUCUGGUCCAGUGGAACCCCUGCAAAUACUACAGCUUAGAGCAGAGGCCCAGCAAACCAGGGGACCUCUACAAACCAGACAACACUCCACAGGCCAGCACCCAGUUGACGAGUCCCCUGACCUCCCCCACCCAGUCUCCCACCCCAUCUCCCUCUGGCAGUGUCAGCAGUGUAUGUCCAGGCCUGGGACCUCUGCCCCUCAUUUCCCAGUUUCCUAGGCCAGGAGGACCAGCUCAAGGUGACGGCCGCUACUCUCUAUUGGGGCAGCCCCUCCAGUACAGCCUCUGCCCUCCACCCCUCAUGCAUGGCCAGUCCUCCUACAGUUCCCAUCAGGGUCCGGGAGUAAUAAAACACGGAGCACGAGGGAAAAAGCAAACACUCAAAUCUGCAUCGACAGAUCUCGGCACCACAGAUGUGGUGGUGAGUCGAGUCCUCGAGGUCACCGACCUGCCAGAGGGCAUUUCGCGUCCAGAGGCUGAGAAGCUCUUCAACCAGCUGUCGCUGUGCGGUGCCAAGAUCCAGUGGCUGAAGGAGCCCCAGGGGGGCCGGGCAGGAGCGGGGGGCUGCGGCUCCUGUCCCGGGGCGGCCGGCGGGGGGCUGAAGGCGGACGGCGGCGACCCGGCACACCUCUACACGGUGGUGGCCGUGUUCCCCAGCACCAUGGCCGCCCAGAGUGCUUCCUUCAAACUUAACAACAGCGGGGCCAGCCUCUUCAAACUGAGGGCCGCCAAAAAGAACUACGACCUGCGCGUGCUGGAGAGAGCCAGUUCUCAGUGA